CUGAGGAGAGGAAUCAUUCCUUAACUCCCCAUGCCUUCACCAGAACAUGCCCUCGAUCCCCCUCUGUUGCUCCAUCCCUGUUCCAGGUUCUGAUAGUCCCGAGGGGGUCUCAGCUUCUUGCAGGGGGAAGAAAGAUGGAAAGCCCUCCGGUCCUGCUGGAAUCCAAGUCCUCCCCCAUCAACCUGCUGAACGAGAUGCACCAGCUGCGCCUGCUGGGCCACCUGUGCGACGUGACGGUGAGCGUGGAGUACCAGGGCGUGCGCGCCGAGUUCGUGGCCCACAAGGCCGUGCUGGCGGCCACCAGCAAGUUCUUCAAGGAGGUUUUCCUCAACGAGAAGGCCGUGGACGGGCCCCGGAGCAACGUGUUCCUCAACGAGGUGCAGGUGGCGGAUUUCGCCUCCUUCCUGGAGUUCGUCUACACGGCCCGGGUGGAGGUGGAGGAGGACAGGGUGCAGCGCAUGCUGGAGAUGGCCGAGAAGCUCAAGUGCCUGGACCUCUCGGAGACCUGCUUCCAGCUGAAGAAGCAGAUGCUGGAGUCGGUGCUGCUGGAGCUGCAGAACUUCUCGGAAUCGCAGAGCUCCGAGGAGGAAGGCGCUGCCCAGCCAGACGUCCCGCCCGAGCCCAGAGCCGUGGCAGAAGCCGAGCGGGAUCCCCCGGAUUCCCCCACGGCCAGGCCCAGCCACGGGGCGUCCCCGGAGGUGCCGACUGCCAAAUCAAAGGAGAAGGUGGACAAGAAGAAGGAAGUGCUGAAGGCCCCUUAUGCCAAAAUCCGGAGGGCGAGCGGGAGGCUGGCCGGGAGGAAGGUGUUUGUGGAAAUCCCCAAGAAGAAGUACACCAGGAGGCUGAGGGAGCAGCAGAAGAGCGCGGAGGUGGCUGCCGGAGACGAGAGAUACCCAGAGGAGGAGGAGCCGUGCGAGCCGGAGGGAGAGGAGGAGCAAGAGGAGAGCGCCGUCAAACCGGAGGGCGCGGAGCGCAACGGCCGCCCUGGGGAGAACCCCCGUCCCAAGGCCGGCGAGGACAGAAAGAAGCGGGGCAGCAACUUCAAGUGCGGCACGUGCCAGAAGGAGUUCCUGUACGAGAAGAGCUUCCUGAAGCACAUCCAGCACAGCCACGGCAUCGCGGCCGAGCUGGUGCUGCGCUGCGAGACGUGCGGGCAGACCUUUGCCAACCGCUGCAACCUGCGGAGCCACCAGCGGCACGUGCACAGCAGCGAGCGCCGCUUCCCCUGUGAGCUCUGCGGUAAGAAGUUCAAGAGGAAGAAGGACGUCAAGAGGCACAUUCUCCAGGUUCAUGAGGGUGGUGGGGAGCGCCAUCAGUGCCAGCAGUGCGGAAAGGGGCUGAGCUCCAGGACCGCCCUGAGGCUCCAUGAAAGGACGCACACGGGCCACAAGCCUUAUGGGUGCCCCGAGUGUGAGGCUAAGUUUUCCCAGCCUUCGGCACUAAAAACCCACAUGAGAAUCCACACGGGGGAAAAGCCCUUUGUCUGUGAUGAGUGUGGGGCCCGGUUCACUCAGAACCACAUGCUCAUCUAUCACAGGCGCUGCCACACAGGGGAAAGGCCUUUCAUGUGUGAAACGUGUGGGAAGAGCUUUGCCUCCAAGGAAUACCUGAAGCACCACAACCGGAUCCACACGGGAUCCAAACCCUUCAAGUGCGAGGUUUGCUUCCGGACCUUCGCCCAGAGGAACUCCCUGUACCAGCACAUCAAGGUCCACACAGGGGAGCGGCCGUACUGCUGCGACCAGUGCGGGAAGCAGUUCACGCAGCUCAACGCGCUGCAGCGGCACCACCGCAUCCACACCGGCGAGAAGCCCUUCAUGUGCAACGCCUGCGGCAGGACCUUCACCGACAAGUCCACGCUGCGCCGGCACACCUCGAUCCACGACAAGAACACCCCCUGGAAGUCCUUCCUUGUCAUCGUGGAGGGGGCGUCGAAGAGCGACGACGGCCACAAGACGGAGCUCCCCGACGAGGAGUACGCCGUGUCCCCCAAAAUCCCGGAGAAGCUGCUGUCCUUCCCCGAGAGCAGCCCCUACCAGAGCCUGGCGGCCGUCCCGGGCGGCGGCACCGCCGGCACGGACUGUAAGUCAUCCGGAGGGCCGGGAUCGCAGGAAGCCCUGAUGGGAAGCGCGCUGAGCGAGCUGACGGUGCUCCACGCGCAGCAGGACUCCGUCCAGCCCCAGCUCCACGCGCUGGUGAACAUGGAAUAACGUGGGACUCACUGUGACUCCUUGAGCUGCACCCCUUUGUAUAGCCCUUUUGCCUGAGGGAAGCUGGUAGUGGGAAGCAAGGUGGGAGUGGAUUUUCCCCGGAUUCCUCUGAAAAUUCAUUCCGCAGCUCCAUCUCCCGGAGAGUCAUCAGGGUGACACUUCGGUCACUCCUCCCUGGAGGUUGAUUCCCUGGGAGCGGAGGGGGUGGCUCAGGUACCGUGUUCGGGUGGGUUCUGAAGGUGGUGCAGGUUUGUUUUCCAGGUGAUUUUGAUGCCACGUGGACAAUCAGGAGAACCGAGGUUGUGUUUCUCCGUGACAUUCGCUGCAUUUUCCCCGGCAGGAAUUGAUCCAGGAGAUAAGUCUGGCUAAAUUGCUUUCCAGGGAAACCUUGGUUUCUCUCUGCUUUUUGCCAAAGACCCCAGCAGUGAGCCAGCUCACUCCUUGGGAAUACGAGUGGGAGCUUUGGAGUUUCUUUCCGGGAGUUUUGAGUCUCUUAAAUAGCAGGUGGGAGCCAAGUGCUGGUUCGUGUUUCCACAAUUCCAUGAAAACUGGAGCAGUCUGGCACUUCAGUCUCCACCUUCCAACUGCUCCAGCUCACAUGGAAUUGGGCACUUAGAGACCAAAACAUCUCUUGGAAAAAUGUCUGGGAAAACCAGCCAUUCUGGAAAAGGUUCAAUUUACAGGCUUUUCCUGGUCAGCACCUCCCGCUCCAUUUUACUGGAAUAGGAUUUGGGAUGUUUUCCCUGGGUGGUGGGGAAGGAGCCUUUGAGAGUUGUCAUCUGACUGGGGAUGACUCUUUUUUUGGGGAGCAGCAGCUCCCUGCUGUGGUUUACCACUCCAAAACUCGGGAUCAGCUUCCCAGUUGCCACUGUGUAAAAACCUGCCAUCUUUUCCAGUUACUUUUCCUGUUUCCUUUGCCUGUUACUGUAGUAUUCCCACAGAAACUUUCCCAGCUGGAGCUGUGAGCAGAACUUUGGGAAAGGUAAGCACAAUCCAGCCUGGUGAGGGCCUGUUGUCCAGCAAUAAACACACCCCCCCAUCCGUGGCACAGAGCUAUUUUUUUUUUUGGUCCUAAAGGGAUGCCGGAGGUGUUGCCAUGGAAUUCUAACGUAGAAGAAAGGGAAUUUUUUUUUUUUUUUAAAGAGAACGUUUCCAAGAGGUUAUAUUUGAAAUAUUUAUUCCUGGUGAAGCUCAGUUGUCCCCAGUGACCGAUGGAAAGAGGCUGUAGAUAUAUUUAAAUCCUGAGCGCCUGGAACUGGAGCCAGGGAAGUUUUUGUACUCUGGGAAUGUAUGGAAGUGAGUUACUGUUCAACUGUUCUUAUUAAAAUAUGGGAAUAUUG